AUGGACAACAUCGACGAGGAAUAUGACCGGCUUAUUGAACACCUUCACGACUGCACAAACAAGGCUGAGAGUUUUAAAACCACCAAAAGACGCCUCUCUCUUGAAACUCUUGAGCGUGGAGCAGCACGAGCCGCAGGAAACCAAGAACUCACGUCCGAGCUUGCAAAGCUUUGCAGAGAGGCGAUAAAGGAAGACCUUAAAGAGAGAAGAGCAGAAGUACUGGCUGAAGCUGCAGAGGCGGGGAAAAGCAUCCGCUAUGCCGAACUAGACCUCGCCAGUCACAAGAUGAGGAUGACUACUCUCUGGAACCCGAAGGGAGCAACCAUUGCAUCGAGAAGGGAAAUGGAGAAAAUCAUCUACGACUUCUACUCUAAUCUCUUCGACAGUCAUGUCCACUUGCCUCCUCACCAUCUGUGGGAAGACGGACAUGUCAUUCCAAAGGUUCUCCUUUCCGAAAUACGACGUGCUAUCAUGUCGGUAAGAAAUCGUACGGCACCUGGUCACGACAGAAUAAGACCAGAACACCUGAGAAACCUUCCGCCAGUACUGAACAAUACCCUGGCGAGGCUCUUUACACGUUGCCUGUCGUAA